AGCUGGACCGGAUUCCCAAAACGCAACAGAUCGGAGGAAUAAACGAGUCACGAACAGCAGCGAGGAGGAUUUAUUGAUCCGGGUUUAACGGAGCAGGAGGCCGAUGGCGACUGAUUAUUGAUUAUCAGCCGAAAGGCGAUCGGCUCCGGUCUGGGAUCAGAAACCCGGACGCUUCCUGUUCAUUCCCACCUUGACGGGAUUGUGGCUGGCCUGACAUCAUUGGCUGCAGGCUGGGAAUGAAUCAUCAUCAUCAUCCUCAUUCGCAGCGGGGGGGCUCCGGGAUGCUGUCACCGCCUCCGCUCCCUUAAAAAGCCACGCACCGACCCGCACCGACCCGCCCAGGCCCGCUCCCCCCUUCAGCCGCGGCCGCGGAUUCAGCAUGGAGGAAAUCCUGAGGAAGCUGCAGAAAGACGCGUCUGGGCACAAACACAAAGCCGUGCGGGAUGCGUGCGUGUGCGCCUGUGAAACUCUGGAGGCUCAGAAGGGAUCAUUCAAGAUUUCUCCUUCACAGCUUCGAGAGCGCUGCCUGCUGCCGCUGCAGAUGGCUCUGGAGUCCAAAAACACCAAACUGGGUCAGACGGCGCUCGCUGGCAUGCAGAAGUUCCUGUGUGACGACCGGUUUGUGGGCGGAGUCAGCUCGGAGGUGGAGGUUCUGGAGAAGCAGCUGCUCAGCCAGAUGUUGGAGGCCAUCAGGGUCACCCCCUCCCUGCAUGAGGACCUGCAGGUGGAGGUCAUGAAGGUCCUGCUCUGCAUCACCUACUCUCCAAACUUUGACAUUAAUGGAGACUCCAUCUUGAGGAUCGCUCAGGUGUGUAUUGAGACCUACAUGUCCAGUUGUCACCAGCGCAGCAUCAACACAGCAGUGAGGGCCACCCUGAGCCAGAUACUGGGGGACCUGACGUUGCAGCUGCGCCACAGACAGGAGGGAGCUGAAGGAGAUGAGGCGACCGCGCUGCCUCUGCAGAGAAAAGAUGUUUCCCCCACCAGCCAGGCUCUGUGUGAGGACGUGGUGAUGGUUCUGACCGUGUUCUGUGAGAAACUGGAGUCGGUGGACAGUGACAAUCAGCUGUUGCAGCUGCUCUACCUGGAGUGCAUCCUGUCCAUGCUCAGCAGCUGUCCUCCCACAAUGCACCUGUCCAGAGGUUUCACCGACCUCGUGUGGAAGCAGCUUUGUCCGUCUCUGGUGGCGAUUAUGGGAAAUCCAGUCAAUGAUAAAACCAUCACUUCUCACCACGGCUACAUGGGGGCGCUAGAGAGAGACCGGCUUUCAGAGAGAAUCGCUCAAGGAAUCUGUCAGGAAGUGGACUCUUCCAGUGGAGGAGUGUCCGAUCAAGGCCGGGGGUCCGGCUGCUCCUCCAGCGCCCCCGCCAGGAUUGCGCCGGUGGUGCGGACGGUGUGCUACAUCGCAGCAGAGCUGGUGCGCCUGGUGAGCUGCGUGGAGUCGAUGAAGCCGGUGCUGCAGUCGCUGUACCACCGGAUCCUGCUCUACCCGCCGCCCCAGCACCGAACCGAGGCCAUCCGCAUCAUGAAGGAGAUUCUUGGCAGCCCACAGCGCCUCUACGACCUGGCUGGGCCGUGUGUAGCCGAACCUGAAACCAGGAAACGCUCCUUCUCAAAGAGGAAGUCCCACCUGGAUCUGCUCAGACUAGUGAUGGAUGGGAUGACUGAGGCCUGUAUGAAGGGCGGCAUCGAGGCGUGCUUCGCCUCCGUUUCCUGCGCCUGCGCUCUUCUGGCUGCGUUGGAUGACCUGUCACAGGGUCGCGGCCUCCAGCCUGAACAGGCUCGGUUUCUCCUCAGACGCCUGGACGACCUGAAGGACGGAUCGGAGUCCACCCGAGAGUCCAUGGAGAUCAACGAGGCCGACUUCAGGUGGCAGAGACACAUCCUGUCCUCAGAGCAGCCUCAGUGGGACCCCAGCUCCGCUUCCUCCAACAUGGCCACCGCAGGCGCCACCGAGCGUAGCCCUGACAUCAGCAUCAGCAUCACCACAGAAACAGGACAAACCACCCUGGACUUGGAGAUGGGGGACUUGGGUCUGGGUCAGGGACACACGCCUGAGGAGUGUGGCGAGGACGCACGCGUCCAUCUGAGCUGUCCCUUUGGAGGCCAGGAGAGAAGCCAACGGGAGCCGGCAGGAGGCGCGGCUCCGAGAGGAGACAGGGCGGAGGGAGGAGGAGGCCGCGGCGUGGAGGCCGAGGGACAGGAGGACAAGGACAGAGGAGUCGUUCCUCCUGACGUGGUGCAGAGGAGCCAUGUUCUCGUCUUCCCUGACAUCACCAACUUCCUGUCAGUGGACUCCAGGACGCGGUCGCACCAUGGGCCGGGGUCCAGGUACAGCGAGAGCAACUUCAGCAUGGAAGAGCAGGACUUGUCUCGGACAGAGUUUGACUCGUGCGAUCAGUACUCCAUGGCUGCAGAGAAAGACUCGGGGCGCUCCGACGUGUCCGACAUCGGGUCUGACAACGUGUCUCUGGUGGACGAGGAGCAGCAGACGCCUCGGGACUGCCCGGGCCACCGCUCCCUGCGCACCGCCGCCCUGUCCCUCAAGCUGCUGCGCAACCAGGAGGCGGACCAGCAGAGCGCCAGGCUGUUCGUCCAGUCGCUGGCGGCGCUGCUGCCCCGCCUCCUGGGACUGGCCUCCGCCCAGGAGGUGGACCUGUCACUGCAGAACUUCUCCUCCACCUUUUGCUCCGGGCUGCAGGCUGGUGGGAUUCACUCUCCAGGCUUUGAAUCGGGCAACUCUCUGAGCUGCCAGGCUCUGAUGAACGCAGACGGUCUCUACCUGGUGUCGUACUACGCUCUGCUGCUCAACCUCAAGCUCUGCUGCUGCGACUACUACAGACGGAGAGAGCUUCCCCCCGCCCUCAGCCUGAAGGAGUUUGUUCGGCUGAUCCAGAGCAGCGGAGUCCUCGUGGUUCUGUGCCAGACCUGGAUCGAGGAGCUUCACCACCAGGUGUUGGAGCGCAACCUGCUGGCUGACGCCGGGUACUGGUGCUCACCAGAAGACCGCACGCUGCCGCUCAUCACCAUGCUGACAGACAUCGACGGCCUGGGCAGCAGUGCUAUUGGAGGUCAGAUGAUCCGGAGGCCGUCCAGUCAAUCAGCGCUCAGCUCUGAGAGGCCUGGAAGUGACACAGCGACUGCAGGUGCCGUGUUCUCCCGCUUCAUCCUCACCGGCGUGUGGAGGAACCUGAUUGAUGUGCUGUCCACGCCUCUGACGGGCCGCAUGGCGGGCAGCUCCAAGGGCCUGGCCUUCAUCCUGGGGGCCGAGGGGCUGAAGGAGCAGAGCCAGAGGGAAAGAGACACCAUCUGUCUGAGUCUGGACGGCCUGCGGAAAGCCGCCGCGCUCAGCUGCGCGCUUGGCGUUGCUGCUAACUGUGCAUCAGCUUUAGCCCAGAUGGCUGCAGCCUCCUGUGUGCAGGAGGAGAAGGAGGAGAAGGAGGUGGCAGAGAUGGGAGACGCCAUCACACAAGUGAAGCAGCGCGUUGAGCAGCGGCUGGAGCAGAUGGGCCGUCCGCAGGGAGUCCGCCUCCACACGGCUCAUGUGCUGUGCAUGGACGCCAUCCUGAACGUGGGCUUAGAGAUGGGCAGCCACAACCACGACUGCUGGCCACACGUCUUCAGGGUGACGGAGUACAUCAGCUCUCUGGAGCACACCCACUUCAGCGACGGCUCCCUGCAGCCGUCCUCCCUGACCACCAUCACCCAGCAGAGCCAGCAGGCGACGGGCGCGGCCGGCGUGGACCUGGGUCUGGAGCUGAGCUGCGAUCCGAGCCCCGAGGCGGCCGAGCUGAGCCUGAGCCAGCCGGUCAUCCAGCCGCUGUCCAUCCAGGAGCUGCUGAAGGAGAGCAGCAGAGGGGGGCGGGGCCUGGACCUGAGGAGCGGCAGCCUGAUGAUGGGGACCAGCGCCGCCAAGGCCGUCUGCACGCUGUCCACGCAGGCGGACAGGCUGUUUGAGGAAGCGGCUACGAAGCUGAACCUGGUCGGUCUGGUCGGCUUCCUGCAGCAGCUCAGGAAAGCUUCUCAGUCUCAACUCUUCAACUCGGCUACAGAGACCGGAGAUUACUCUCUGGCAAUGCCGGGAGUAGCCAAGUCGACGUCGGAGCGCCGCAGCGCUCUGCAUCUCUACCGUCUCGGAGAGGCCAUGCUGAGGAUCGUCAGGAACAAGAACCGGCCGCUGCUGCACAUGAUGAGGGCCUGGAGCGUGGUGGCGCCCCACCUGGUGGAGGCUGCUUGUCACAAAGAGCGCCACGUUUCCCAGAAGGCCGUUUCCUUCAUCCACGACGUUCUGACCGAGGUUCUGACAAGCUGGGCGGAGUUUCCACACUUCCACUUCAACGAGGCGCUGUUCAGGCCGUUUGAGCACAUCAUGCAGCUGGAGCUCUGUGACGAGGACGUCCAGGACCAGGUGGUGACGUCCAUCGGGGAGCUGGUGGAGAUGUGUUCCCCUCAGAUCCUGUCCGGGUGGAGGCCUCUGUUCAGCGCCCUGAGGACCGUCCACAGCAGCAGGGCGGAGACCAAAGACUACCUGCUGGGAGAAUACUCCAUGGGGAAGUCCCAGGCUCCCGUGUUCGACGUCUUCGAAGCUUUCAUCAACACAGACAACAUCCAGGUGUUCGCCAACGCCGCCACAGACUACAUCAUGUGUCUGCUGAAGUUUGUCAAAGGCCUGGGAGAGGUGGACUAUAAGGAGAUUGGAGACUGUGUUCAUGUGUCCGGGUUCAGCUCCACUGACCUCUGUGUUCCGGCUCUCGACUACCUGCACAAAUGUUCCCAGCUGCUGGCUAAGAUCUACAAGAUGCCGUCCAAGCCGGUGUUCCUGGGCGCCCGGCUGGCCAGUCUGCCUCUGCGGUCGCAGGAGUUCUCCGUCAGCAGCGAGGACGGAGUCGACUGCGUCCUGCAAGAGUUCGACGACGACACAGGUUUAAUCCAGGUGUGGAUCUUACUGCUGGAGCAGCUGACCGCCGCCGUGUCCAACUGCCCCCGGCAGCACCAGCCCCCCACCCUGGAGCUGCUGUUCACGCUGCUCAGAGAGGUCACAGCCGUUCCAGGUCCGGGCUUCGCCAUCUUUGCUGUCAUCCAGCUGCUGCUUCCUGUAAUGUCGCUGUGGCUGCAGCGUAGCCAUGGCGACCACUCAUACUGGGACGUGGCGGCAGCGAAUUUCAAGCAUGCCAUCGGCCUGUCGUGUGAGCUGGUGGUGGAACACGUCAACAGCUUCAUCCACUCAGACAUCGGCUACGAGUCUCUGAUCAACCUGAUGCUGAAGGAUCUGUUCAAGCUGCUGGUGGCCUGCGUGUCUGAACCUGCAGAGACCAUCUCCAGAGUGGGCUGCUCCUGCAUCAGGUACGUGUUGGUGACUGUGGGUCCGGUGUUCACAGAGGAGAUGUGGAGGUUGGCCUGCUGCGCUCUGCAGGAUGCGUUUUCUGCAACAUUAGAGCCUGUGAAGAACCUUCUGGCGUGUUUUCAUAGCGGCUCUGACAGUUUCUCUGGAGACGCCUGUGAGGUGAAGGUGGCGGCUCCGUCUCACUCUCCAUCAGCUGAGGCCGAGUACUGGAGGAUCAAAGCUAUGGCUCAGCAGGUCUUCAUGUUGGACACUCAGUGCUCUCCAAAGACGCCCAACAACAAGGACGGCUUUGAGCAUGCUCAGUCCUGUGUGCUCAUCAUCGAGCUGCCAGCUGACCAGCAGUCCAACGGGCAUGCUCAGAAGAGGAAAAUUGGGAUCCCGUUCCGGACCAUCGUGGUGAGCCUGCUUUCCCAUCAGGUCCUGCUCCAGAACCUCUACGACAUCCUGCUGGAGGAGUUUGUCAAGCAGCCUGAAGGCAACGAGCGGGUGACCCCUGUGACCUCUGACCCCAGCAGACCCACCGCCGGCUUCCUGCGCUACAUCUCCAUGACAAAUUUAGCCAUCAUCCUGGACCUGCUGCUGGACUCUUACAGGACGGCUCGGGACUUUGACACCCGGCCGGGUCUGAAGUACCUGCUGAUGAAGGUGUCGGGUGUUUGUGGAGCAGCAAACCUUUACCGUCAGUCUGCGAUGAGCUUCAACCUGUACUUCCAGGCGCUGCUGUGCGCCACGCUGAGCCAGGCUGAGAGCAUGACCGCCCAGCAGGUGAAGAGGAUUCUGCACGAGGAAGAGGAAGGCAACUCUGACUCCUCCCACCCUGGCUCCGCCUCCUCAGAGGAUGAAGAUAUCUUUGAAGAAACAGCACAGGUGAGCCCCCCUCGCGGCCGUGAGAAGCGCCAUCAGUGGCAGGCUCCUGCCCCUUCGCUCAGCGUCCAGCCUCUAGGGGGCGCCGACUGGGCCUGGCUGGUCAAGCGUCUCUACAAAGUGUGCAUGGAUCUGUGCAACAGCUACAUCCAGAUGCACCGGGACCUGGAGAGCACGCUGGAGGAGACGCCGCUGCUGAGAGGAGGCGGGGGGUCAGGAGGAGAUCACGUUUUCUUCCUGCCUCUCUUCCAUUCAGAGACUUCCACUCCGACGUCAGCCGGCGGCUUUUCCGCCAGGGGGACGCCCUCAGAGGAGGGAGGGGUCAGAGGUCAGGGAGUAGAUCUGAGUGCAGCUUCACCUGGAGAAACACCAACACCCAGCCCCAGAUUCAGCUUCACAGGCAGUCUGCCGCACCACUUCCAGACCGGAGCAGAAAAGAGAGACUGCGGCAUCACAGGGAGCUCGGUAGGAGGAGUUCCCAGCAGCGCCGCGCCCGGAAGGAGGAAGGAAUGGUGGGAAAACGCCGGUAACAAACUGUACACCAUCGCUACAGACAAAACCAUCAACAAGCUGAUGAUGGAGUACAAACGCAGGAAGCAGCAGCAGCCGGUGCAGCAGCAGCAGCCGGUGCAGCAGAGCCACAUCAACCUGUUCAUGAAGGAGCAGGGCCGGGUGGCGCCGGGAGGAGCGGUGGGAGGAGACAGGAGGGGACCCGUGGAGCUGCAGAGGCCCCAGCAGCUGGUGGACCAGCAGGGGCCCCCGCUCAGGCACUCGGUCAGCGCGGGGCCCGAAGUGCUGAGGCAGGAGAAGAGGCCUCGGUCAGGAUCCACCAUCAGCUCACACAGCGUCUCCCUGAGGGACUCCGAGGCCCAGAUACAGGCGUGGACCAACAUGGUUCUGACUCUCCUGAACCAGGUCCUCCUCCUGUCGGACUCCACCUUCCUAGCGCUCCAGCCGGCGCUCUACCCGUGCCUCAGCCAGCUCUCCUGCCACGUCACCGACUCGCGGGUCCGGCAGGCGCUGCGCGAGUGGCUCGGCCGGGUCGGCAGACUGUAUGACAUCAUCAUGUGACAUCACCGGGGUCGAUCAGGUGUGGCUGGGUGAAGGACACGCUGAGGAUGUUGAGAGAAAGAAAUGACCCUUUCACAGAGAGACGACUCAGUCAGCUGGACGGAGGAACUGCUGAUUAAAUGAAUAAAGUUUGUAAAGAGUUGUUUGUACAAUGGAGAGCAUUUAAAUAUUAAUGUGCCAUUUUUGCUCUGGUUCCUUGUUAAGGUCUGAUUUUCUGAAUGGCUUUUAUUUAUUUCAUAAUAUUCAGAGCUCUUCUGUUUUUGCUGGUACAUGUUUCUUGUCAUCUUGGUACCGUCUGUGUUGUGUUGCUUCAUAUUUAUUGUCAUAUUGUGAUGCUUCCUUGUGCAUCGCAGCAUUCCUCUGAGACUUUUCCCACCUUUUAUUGCAUAUUUUGUGGAUUUCUCAAAGUUCCAGCAGUCAACAUGUGCAUUCAUGUUGUUGCUGCUGAAACAGAGAAAACAGCUUAUUUGCUUUAAAACAAAAAUGGUAAAAUAAAAUAAAAAAAAUCCACAAGGUGCCUUUGGGGGAGGAUUUAAUAAGCUGUUGCUUAUCAUCAUUUCUGUUUUUAGUCAGUUACCAGGAAGUUUGAAGGAAGUUUCUGCUUUAACUAAGAUCCAGCUUCGGUCUUUGGACCACAAACAUUUCAUUUCAGAGUCAAACAGGCGACUUAUUGUGGAUUUAAUCCGAUUGUGUUUUGGUCGUCUCUUUUCUAGCUUCAGCUCUUUGUGUCUCUGUAACGCUGAAUGUCACUCCUGUUAAACAUGGAACACUGAGGUAUUUAUUUAAACCAAAUACAACAUGCAGAAUAUGGAUUUAUGGCCUCUUCUUGAAUUCUGCAAUGUUUUUAUGCUUCUUCUCUCACUGUGAAGAUCAUUUUGUUUGAAAUUUGACAUGUGAGAAACGUGAAGCUGGUUAUGGUGUUACUGCUGUCUCUGUUUGUUCCUGAUCUGUCUGCAGCUGAAUCUCUGAGGGCUGAAACUGAAAGCUGCAGGUUAACAAAAUCUCCUGAAACAUGUUCAACAUCUUCUGUUACUGAUUGAAUGUCUUCAUUUAAAAUACAACCAGAUCCAGCUGAA